AUGGUGACAGCGGGCGGCAGUAGUGGAUUGUUGCAGGGUUGGUUUGAGGAAUUGCUGAAGGAUAAGGAUGCGGCAGAUAUCACUAGUAUUGGAGAUGAUUUGAGGAAAAAUUUGGAGGAAACAUGGAAGGAAUUAAGCGAGUGGCUCGUGAGGCAGGAGUCUACGGAAAUAGGGAAUUUCUGUGCUGAUACCGUGAAGUAUCCGGGGCAUGCAUGGAAGGAGCAGUAUAUGCAAGUGUUAUGUAACGCCAUAGCCGAAAUAAAAUAUUUCAUGAGUGGAGUGGAAACCCGGCGGACGCAUGAGGGCUCAACGUCGGAUAAACCAGCAGCAGUUACAGAGCUCACUCCUGCUCAAGCUUAUGCACGCUGUGUUGUCGGCGCCGUCGCGUUUUCCACAAUAUACGGUGAUCAUUGCCACAUGGGGGAGGCCAUAAAGAAGGUCGAGGGGGAAUUUGAGGAUAAGAUAAGGGGGCAUCUGAAGGCUAAGGAUGGAAAACCGGACCGUUCGAAACAGUUGGAUGUGUGUAAGGAAAUUAACACUACCGACUUAAUAGUCGGUAAAGCACUUCUAAGCAGUACAAUCAAACAAUGGACGAAGCAGAAGAGGGAUGCGGGGGGGCCGAAGACGGGAGAUUGGAAGUUGGGGAGGCAAUGGCAUAGGUGGAAAAAUGUCUGUCCGCAGGGGAAACCGCACGAUGUAGCAAAGAACAGAGCACGGGAGGAAAAUAAGAACAUUCUAACCUCUUUUGUUAAAAUAGGUCCCCAGGACACCACUACUCCCAGUUCCACUCCUGGUCAACCGUCGGUAUCGGACGUAUUAGUAAAUGACGCCUACACGAUGUCGCCUGACACAUUGCGGGAAGCACUUUCUGCAGCAAUACAGAGUGCCAGUAAUGGUGGUGCUGGUACUGGCACUAUUGACUCCGCUGCUUUAACGAAGGCAAUAAUGGACAACGUAGAGAAGGAAUCUAAGGAAAAUAUAGCUAAAGUAUGCAUGGAAGACAGCAGCAACAGGACAUUUUGCCAACGCUUGGAAUGUGCAAAACAACAUUGGAAAUUAACUAGCACGCAAGCGCAGGGAGAUUUCUGGGAGGGUCACGUUAAGGGGAAGCUGGAAAAACUCCUCCCUGAUACGCCUACUACUACUAAUGAUGGCACUAAUGAUCAUUGUAACAACGGUGGCUUUGAUAAUGCAAAUAAAGCAGCUUGCAAACACAUUACAGAAUUUUUGAAUAAGAUGAACACAACUCAAAAUUCAAAUGGCCCUAACGAACUGUCUAAUCAAAUUAUAAAUUGUCUUUUAUUAAGUGGUUACGUUAAAAAAUUAAAAGAGGAAGCAAAAGAGAAAGGGUUUUGCAGCAUAGAUGAAGGAAUAAAGAAGGCUUUCACAACUGCUGGUAAUAGUGGUAGUGUUCCAUGCCAAUGGAAUGACGACGACUAUGAAAAAUGCUCCAUUACCACAAAUGGCACCGGCCCAACGGAGGCAGUAAAGAACAAAGUGGAUGAAUUGCUCAAGAAGAACGACCAAACUAAGGACCCCAAAAUACAAGAAACCUUGAUUGACUUCAAUAAAGAAAAUAAGUUAUGUGAAUGGGUAAAUUGUGCAGCAAAGCGGUCGGAAGAGAACAACAGUACGAGUGGACACGGGACUGGACAGGAAAAAUUCUGGACGGAAGAUGUUAAGAAAUUAUGGCAAGAAUUAGCAGGGGAAAUGACAGAGAAGGGCAAAACAGAGAACGAAGAAUGUAAUACAAUGGAUGGCAAGAGACAAGGCACUCAUUCUGAGAAGACGGCAUGCAAAUUUUUGCAUGCCGGUCUAAAACAACUGUACGAUCCGACGACGACGGCGUCAACUGGAAACGAUGGUAUCCUAUCUACGAAAUACCCAUCGUCUAGACAAGCGGUGGGUUGUUUUUUACUUCAUGCUUAUGCAAAACACAUGAAAGACAAAGCUGUUUGUGAUAUUGAUGGGGGCAUAAGCAGAGCUUUCAGUUUGUGGCAGGACCCCAGUUCUAAGGCACCUGCUACUUGCAAGGAUAAUGGCAAAACUUGCAUUCCGUGCAAAUGGGCAGAUAAUGCCCAACUGGGCGAAUGCAAAAUUAACACAAAUGGCCCAAAUGGCCCAAAUGGCAGCACAACACAAACGGAAGUAAAGAAGAAAUUGGAGAAAGUGGUAAAGGACAACGACGACAAGGACAUAAAGGACAUGGCAAAGGAAGUGAAUAAAAUGGAUUUAUGUCAACGUGUCCAAUGUGUAACGGCCCGAUGGAACAAACAUGAUAAGAAUAAAAAAAAUGGGGUCCCUCGUACUUGGGAUAAAGUGUGGAAGGCAAUCCCAGAUGAAGUAACCACCUUCGGCACUGCUCUCGCCACCGCCAUAACUACGGAGAACGGACAAUUUCAACAAUACUGCAACCAUCUCCAUGAUAAAACUGGAAGAGACGCCUGUCUCUUCAUAGCAGCAGGAUUACAGAACCUCUACAACACUGCUGAUAAUGGCGAUGCCGUUACGGCAUCGUUCCACAGAACGAUGAAAUGUGUUCUACUGAAUGCCAUAGCAGAUAAAAUGAAGGAAAAACUUCCAUGUAAAGAGGAAAGGAGUGUAACGGACGGUAUAAAUGAGGCUUUUAAUAAGAGUGCUACUAUUAAGGAGGAAAGUACCGGUUGCAAGACUAAUGAUAAGUGCUUUGAGUGUGUUAGGUAUAACAAUCUCUCAAGUUGCGACAUUGGCGAGAACAGUAAAAAGAAAAAUGUGAAGACGACAGUAGAUGAACUGCUCAAGACUGAUUCUAAUUUAAAGGACGAAUCUCUGGAAAAGGCCAUAUGUAAACCGUGUACUGGGGAAAAGAACGGGAAAUUCUGUCAAGAACUUCAGUGUGUAGCAAAGAAAUGGGGAGAAAGGAAGAAGACAGGCUCAAACGGAAACGUUACCUGGGAUGAAAUGAAGAGUGAUUUUGAAGCAGAAUUAAAGCUACUCCUGAAAGGCAUGGAGGAUAAUAAGGCCGCCGCUGCCACCUACUGCAACGGCAAUGGCAGCGCCGGCUGGGAGGAAGGCGCUUCAAGAGAAGCUAAUCAAGCUGCUUGCAAGCUUGUUGCAGCAGGGCUGCAACAUAUUUCUACCAUUAAGGUGGAAUACAACGCGUCGGGAAAGGACGAGGAGAAAAACCCUUAUGAUAACCAAGAGUUUAAACAAGUCGUUUCUUGUUUAAUGUUAAAGGCAGUUGCACAAAAAAUGAAAGAACAAAGUCCUAUUUGUUACAUAGAACCCGGCAUAAGCAAGGCAUUCGAGUUUGCAGACGCCAUUAGAGAGGAACAUUGCCAGAAUGAUAAACCUUGCAUUGUUUGCAAAUGGGACGACAAGACUAAGGACGAAAUUGACAAUUGCACCAUUCCCGGUGACAAGGUCAAUGUAAAGACCAAUUUGAACAACUUGCUGAAGACGAAAGUUAACGAAGUCAAUAACGCCCUAACGGAUAUAACUACAACAGAAGGAAAUAAAGGUCCUUUAUGCCGUCGUCUUCAAUGUUUAGCAUCAAAAGUUGAAGCACUUAAAUUACAGCCAUCCAACAACAGCAAUGCGAGCACAUUUUGGGACAAAGAAGGCGGCGAAGUCGCCGAAUUAUGGAAACAACUGUCACAAGCAAUGAACACAAAUGGGGGCAAAGACAACGGAAAUGGACAUUGUAAUAAAGUGGAUGUUAAUAGAGAUCCCACCAACCCUGAGAGGAAGGCAUGCAAUUAUUUGCAUGCCGGUUUAACAAAACUGUAUACUCCGACGGCGGCGACGUCGUCGGCGGCGUCGUUGCCGUCGGUUGGCAACGACAAAAUCUUGGAUAAGAACCCACUGUUGAAACAAACAGUGGGUUGUUUAUUACUUCACGCUUAUGCAAAACAAAUGAAAAAAGACGCCAAAUGUUUAGUGGAAUCAGGUAUAAAGAAGGCUUUCGACACUGCUGGUAAAGGUCCGAAUGGACAAUGCACGAACAGUAAUGGUUCGUGCAUUAAAUGUGAAUGGAAUGAAAACGACUAUGACAACUGCACAAUUACCACAUCCGGCGAAACCACGCAGACGCCAGUAAAGGACAUAUUAGAACAAGUUCAGCCCAAAAUUGACGUAACUGCCACUGAGACCCUAACGAAAAUAAAUGAAAUGAAUAACUUAUGCGAUUAUAUUAAAUGCGCCGCACCCAAAUGGUUCAAAAACAAAAAAGAGAUUAAUGCUAGCCCUACGCAUACUUGGUGUGACUUUUGGGAUAAGACUGUUAAGAAAACAUUGGAGGAGAUGUUCAAGAAAAUCGAGAAGAAUGGAAAGGACCAGUCCAAGACACUCACUAUUGCCACAACAUGCAAACCAUUUGGUGAUGGUAAUGAACAUAGUGUUGAAAGGAAAGCGUGUUAUCAUAUCGCGGAGGGAUUACAAUACAUAAAAGACAAAAUAAGUAAUGGUCAAGACAAGCAACUGCUCGAACGAGCAGUUGCUUGUAUUGCUCUUAAUAUGUACGCUGAUAACAUAAAAGAAAAGUCAAAAGAUUCAUGUCCUAUUGAUGAAUCUAAAAUAGAAAGAAUGUUUGAUUUUUGGAAUGCAAUUAAUAGUACUUCGUGUUCGACCUCUGGUGGUAAUGAUUGUUUUAAGUGUGAAAGGAAUAAAAAAAGUUAUGAGGGUUGCCAGCUGAGCGUCGCAGACGCUCUGGUGGCAACAUCACAAUCAAAUUGCAAUACUAACGCAACUGAUGUGAAGACUAAAAUGGAAGGUCUCCUCUUCAAGAACGAAGACAAAUCCAACACCAACACCAUUAACACCAAAAUAAAUUCCACCUUAACUACUAUCACUGAAAUGACCUCUUCUUUCUGUACUCAAGUCCAAUGCGCAGCAAAGAAAUGGGGAAAGACUAAUAAUAAAGCAAAUUCAAAUGGAUCAGUUAGUUGG